UUUACCAUAUUCCCAUGUCGAACAGAGUUUUAUAUAUUGAGUUCAAAGAAAGAAGUGAGCAUGAGGAUAAGGCAGUGAGCUGCUAUUUUAUAAAAGUUAAUGGCGUCUUCCCCUUCCUAUCAUCUCACCCACUGUUUCUUCAUCUCUCAGUUGAAAAUUGGAUUAUCAGGAAGACCCGGAUGUGUUUUGAGCAGUAAGAGUAGAAAUAAUGGAGUUAGAGGCAUUAAAGCUUCUUCAGUUGCAACCCCUCCAUUUCCUCUCCUUCAACCUCCCCAACUUGAGGAAUCUUCUAUCUCUCAGUUGGAGCCAGCAGAUCCUGAUUUCUACAAGAUAGGAUAUGUUCGAAGUAUGCGUGCUUAUGGAGUCGAAUUUAAAGAAGGACCAGAUGGAUUUGGGGUCUAUGCUUCUAAGGAUGUUGAACCACUUCGCCGUGCUAGAUUGAUCAUGGAAAUCCCUCUAGAGUUAAUGUUAACUAUUAGCAAGAAAACCCCUUGGAUGUUUUUUCCGGAUAUAAUACCAGUGGGUCAUCCGAUAUUUGAUAUAAUCAACUCAACUGAUCCAGAGACAGAUUGGGACCUGAGGUUGGCAUGCCUUCUUUUAUUUGCAUUUGAUUGCAAGGAAAACUUUUGGCAGCUAUAUGGUGACUUCUUACCCAGUGAGGAUGAGUGCACUAGCUUGCUUCUGGCUACAGAGGAAGACCUUAUGGAGUUGCAGGAUCAGAAUCUUGCUUCAAUUAUGAGAAAACAGCAACGCCGAGCCUUGGAAUUUUGGGAAAAGAAUUGGCACUCAGGCGCUCCCCUCAAAAUAAAGCGACUAGCUCGUGACCCUGAAAGAUUUAUUUGGGCUGUUAGUAUAGCGCAGUCACGUUGCAUUAACAUGCAAAUGAGAGUCGGUGCUCUAGUUCAAGAUGCAAACAUGUUAGUUCCUUAUGCUGAUAUGCUAAACCAUUCCUUCGAACCAAACUGUUUUUUCCAUUGGCGAUUUAAGGAUCGAAUGGUUGAAGUGAUGAUAAAUGCUGGUCAACAAAUUAAGAAAGGAGAGGAGAUGACUGUGAAUUACAUGAAUGGACAGAAGAAUGACCUGUUGAUGCAAAGAUAUGGCUUUUCGUCGUCAGUGAAUCCUUGGGAUGUUAUUCAGUUCUCGGGCAAUGCACGCAUUCAUUUGGAUUCUUUCUUGUCAGUCUUCAAUAUAACUGGCCUUCCCGAAGAAUAUUACUAUAACGAUGAGCUAACAAGCAAGCCGGAUAGUUUUGUUGAUGGAGCAGUUAUAGCAGCAGCAAGAACACUGCCCACUUGGUCAGACAGAGACAUGCCUCCUCUUCCGAGCAUAGAAAGAAAAGCCGUGAAAGAAUUGCAAGAAGAAUGCCAACAGAUACUUGCAGGAUUUCCCAUGACUUCUGAGGAAGAUCAACAACUACUAGAUACUAUGCCAGAAGCAAGGAGGCCACUGGAAGCUGCAAUCAAGUAUAGAUUGCACAGGAAAAAGUUAGUUGAGAAGGUUAUGCAAGCAUUGGAUAUAUAUCAAGAGCGAUUACUGUUCUAAAAACAUGGAGUCCUUGGCUAAACAAUUUUGUUACAGCGGCUCUUGUUCAUGCUUUUAGGUGUUGUAGAAUGUAGUAUGUAGGGAAUUUGAAUAAUUUGUACCCCUUCAGCUAGCCUUAGCUUAUAUUGUCACAUUCUCAUUUUCAUGGAUAUGUGUUAAUGUGUAAUUCAGUGGUAUGAAUAUUAUUUUUAAAUCUGAUAGAAUUCAUGGUCGAA